AUGGACGCAAUGAAGGAAGCGGCAUGCGUUAACAUCGCAUUCCACAACCCCCUAUAUGGUCGAUUGGCCAGACGCCUUUACGAGGUAUUCGGCUAUGAAAAAUUCGUGGGCAUGACCAGCGGCUCGGAAGCUGUAGACGCCGCGGUGAAGAUCGCCAGAAAACGGGCCUAUGUCGUCAAAGGCAUCCGAGAUGGUAGCUGCCACAUCCUCACGGCGACGGCGUGCUAUCAUGGCGUGUCAUUGUCGACGACGUCUCUGGCCAACAAGAGGCCUAUCCACUUCAGCCAGUACCUCCCGAAUGUCGGAUCAACCGCCCCGAGUGGAACGUUGGUUCGCUACGGAGAGAUCGACGAUCUCCGGAAAGCCGUGUCGGAAGAUGGCGCGAAUAUCGGUGCAUUCAUGAUCGAGCCCAUCCAAGGCUCGGCAGGUAUCAUAGUCCCUCCAAAGGGCUACCUGGAACAGGUCUCGGCCCUAUGCAAAGAAUACAACGUGCUAUUCAUCGCCGACGAGAUCCAAACCGGCUUUGGCAGGGCCGGGUCCAACCUCUGCCACCAACGAGACGGCGUCAAGGCAGACCUGGUGGUGCUGGGCAAGGCCUUGUCCGGCGGCCUCUACGCCAUGUCUGGCGUCAUGGGAUCUUCAAAGAUCAUGGACGUCAUGUCGCCCUACGAAAUCGGCACGACAAUGGCAAACACGCCUCCAGGGUGCGCUUCUGCACUGGCCGCACUGGACGUCCUGGUUGAAGAGAAACUGUCCGGCCGUGCGAAUUACCUGGGCGGGCUUUUACUAGACAAGCUACGGUCUUUUCAUCUACCUCAUGUGAUCGAUUACUCGGGCAGUGGUCUGUUCACUGCCGUGGUGGUUGAACAGAAGCCGCCCAUGGUCACGGGACGUUCUGUCCACCUUUUGACCAUCAGCGAAGAGGAUCUCCUGAGGGGCGCGGAUAUUCUAGCCACGGCUUUCAGAGACAUCGAAGACAUGGGCGAGAUCCCAGGCGAAGUAGUUGUUUAG